AUCAAUUUUUGUAACAUUCAUCAACAUGGUUUCUGACAGAUUCGGUUAAAAGUUUUCCGAUUUUCGAGAAAAUCCACAUUAUUUAAAACACCUUCGAAUCGUCACACAUUUAUUAGUGUCAACACCGAUGAAUCCUGGCAUCAGUAACUUUAGCUCAGUGAAGGAUUGAAAAGUUUUAAAUUUUUUUAACAAACAGCUUGAAAAAAUGGUUUGUAUCACUCAAUCCUUGUUACUUCAUGCAGAAUUAUGCAAAGAAGCUGAUAAUUUUUAAUCUACAAGCUAUUAUCUAACGUCCUGCACUGCGAAUUUGCGAAAAAGAGGACACCGAUGUUUUAGGUCCAUUUUUUCCAGGAAACUUCGGUUCCAGAAUCAUUAUAAUGCUACAUAGGUCUUACAGUCUUUUAAGUUUUAUUCGGCGAAAUGUCACUUGCCACUGUACAGACCGUUUCUAUGUUUUCCACGUGGGAGUCACGAGGAGACACGCCAGUAUUUUCAUCACACCAAAAUAUGUUCAUGUUAUAUCGAAUACGCAAAAAAGUUACAAUAAUCCGAGCCCUCGAAAAAUCGGCGAAACGCGAUGGAUUCAUGCCUCGGCUUCGAGGCUCGCGACGAAGGAAAUUGGGGGGAAGAAAACAACUGAGAAGCUGGAAAAGGUGGUCAAAUCGACCCUCAAGCAGAAAGUGAUCGAACUCGAUCGGGAAAAGUUGGGCAAAGUCAAAGAGCGGGAUUUGGAUGUUCAAGUUUUGAGCUCUCAAGAUGACGCGAAGAAAGAGGAGAAGCCGAGGAAAAAAGAGGAGAAGAAGGAAGUGGGCAAAGAAGAAACUCCUGUAGCGAAAAAAGCUGCGAAAAAAAGAAUGAGGGUUGAUCUUUCUGCUUCGUCGUUGGAGAGAAACUUUAUCACCCCGGUGAGGGCCAUGUCAGAUUUUCUUCUGAAACCCUCAGACCUGGAAUCUCUGCCAAAAACUAAGAGAAGAUCACCCUACGAAUUUGAACCGCCGAUCACGGUUUACUGGAGGAAGGACGUUGAAGCUAAAGCAUUAGAAGUCUGGGGAUCUCAUGAUAUUCUGAAUAAAGAACUCCUGAAAAAAGAAGUCGAGCUCAAGACGUACCAGCAAAAUAUUUUUACCGUGAAACGAAUGUUGAGAGACUACCGUCGACAAAUCGGUAACCAAACGGAAACAGUUGCCCCGGAAGGUCUUUUUGGAAGAUCUGGUAGAGUUGUUUUAACGGCAAUUAUAAUAAACGCUAGCAAUUUCCUCUUCAAACUUUUUGCUUGGCUCUACACCGGAUCUCAUAGUAUGUUUUCCGAAUGUAUUCACUCGGCAGCCGAUACUUGUAACCAGUUGAUUUUGGCUUACGGAAUUCACAAAUCUGUGCAGAAUCCGAAUCCGGAUCAUCCGUACGGCUACACAAACAUGAAAUAUGUGUCCUCGUUGAUAUCCGGCGUUGGAAUUUUUUGCGUCGGCACAGGUCUCUCCGUCUACCACGGAAUCCACGGUCUCCUUUUUCCGGAACCCGUCGAUUCCUUCUACUGGGCCUAUUUUAUCCUCGGGGGUUCCCUCGUUUCGGAAGGAGCCACUCUCAUGGUUGCCAUCAAUUCGAUUAAAAAGGGCGCGAUGGAGAAGCGACUCAAGUUCAAGGAAUACGUCAUGUCGGGGCUGGAUCCCUCCGUCAACGUCGUCCUCAUGGAGGACUUUGCAGCCGUGAUAGGAGUUUGUUGCGCCGCUUCUUGUAUGGGAUUGACUUCAUAUUUGGGAAAUCCGGCUUUUGACGCGAUUGGAUCUCUUCUCGUUGGAGGCCUUCUAGGAGGUGUGGCUUCUUUCAUUAUUUAUUCUAACGUCGCAGCUUUGAUUGGACGAAGUAUUUCGCAAGACAGUCUCGAUAAAAUAAAUGCGGAAUUGGAAUCUGACAUUAUGGUUCGAGCAAUCCAUGACGUGAAGGGCAUCGACAUGGGAAAUAGUUUGGUGAGGUACAAAGCUGAAUUGGAUUUUGAUGGUCGGGAAUUGACGAGGUCCUAUCUAGACAAUCACGAUCUGAACACGAUGCUCGAGGAAGUGAAGAAGAUGCAGAAUAUCGAUGAGCUCGAAGCGUUUCUACUCAAACACGGAGAAAACAUCGUCGAUUUACUCGGUGGCGAGAUCGACAGAAUAGAAGUCAAACUCAAGAAAAAGCAUCCGGAAAUUCGACACUGCGAUCUGGAGAUUCUAUGAAAAAUCUGGAGGUUUUAUGAAAACUUUAUCUGGACUGUCGGGUGUAAAUAUUAAUUUUUUAAUGAUAUUAUUUAAAUAACUGUAGGGAUUCGAACAGAGUGUCCGUUUAGUAAAAAUGUAAAAAAAAACUUCUCUAUAAGAAUAACCUAUUUAGUUUUAUUGAGCGGCGAAGGUAAUUUAAUAAAAAUACUUAAUUUUCAAAAUUUA